AUAAAUACCGGCAUACUGGGGCCAUCGUACGCAUUUUCAAUAUCGCCACUGACAACAUUACAAUUAGUUCACUAAACGUAAAACAACAAUACACAUAGUCCAGUGUGUACAAAGUAAAAGAAACGUGGAUAAAACGGCAAGCAUGAAUACUCUGAUCGGUUUCCUGAUACUUGCUUCCUGGACGAGGAUCGCCUUAUCGGAGUUGCCACCUGGUGUCACAGCCUGUCCAACUACUAAGGAUCUUGUUCAGUACAACAAAUGCAUAAUGAAACAACUGGAAGCCAUUACUCCUUUUUUGGCCAAGGGUAUACCGACUCUUAAACUUCCUGCUUUGGAUCCUUUGCUACUUCCAUCUUUGACCGUGGACAGAAAUCUUGAAGCUUUGAAAAUCAAGGCUAACAUGACUCAGAUUCGUGUUUAUGGUGCUACCAACUUCCUUGUGGAUGAGCUCAAGGCCAAUCCUGAAGAUCUCACAGUCACCAUUAGAGUUCAGCUACCUUAUAUACAUGUAAAGGGCGAUUAUGAUGUUCAGGGACGACUUUUGCUCCUGCCACUCAAUGGAGUUGGCAGUUUCAAAGGAAAUUUCACUAACACACAAGCUCAAGUGAAUGCCAAAGGCAAGGAGGUGGCAGAUAAAAAUGGUAUACAGAGAAUACAAAUUGAUCAGCUCACUACAAAAAUUCGUGUUGGCGAUGGUAACAUUAAAUUGAGAGCACAACCAAGUCAUGCUUUGGCAGCCGACGCUGCUGCCACCUUCUUCAAUUCAAAUCCAAGAAUCGUCCUGGACAUAGCAAGUCCCAUAAUCGAAGACACAGCAGCUACCAUAAGCAGAGCUUUGGCAGCACGUGCACUUGGUGUCUUGAAGAAAGAAGAGCUGAUUCCCUAGUCAUUAGUUUUCAAGAAAAAGGAAAUCUUGUAAAUUAAUUAGUAAAAUAGUAUCAAUGGUAGAACCAAAACGAGACUGCGCCUGAACGACGUUGAAUGGGCAAAUAAAGAUUCGCUUUUUUUUUUAAUUCUAA